AUGCAUACCUUCUCAGAAAAGUACGACUGCUACCACCACAUAUGCAAGGACACUAUAAGCACGAAAUCAGACAGUCAUGCAGAUGAAAAUGAUCCACGCCGCAUAAAUGAGAUUAUGUCCAAAGCGAUACAAGAUAUGGACUGGAUAGUUAAAAAGUAUUCUACGACCCAUAGUCAUAUUGUUUCCAUAUUUUCCUUUACACUAUUUGCAAAUGCAUUGCAAGAAAAUGCAGAACCAUAUGCUACUACUACUCAUCUGAUGUGCAUCAGAACAUAUAUUUUAGUGUGUAGUCAGUUCCUGGAUACAUGAAGUACUGCUUUUAAAUAUAGCUUGUUCACUGGAGAACGUGGUGGAAUUAAUACAUCGUAUAAAUUUAGGACUCAGAACUUUGUACUUUUCAGUAGUUCGUCCACUCAUAGUCAAAAGCAUUCAUAGUAACUUAUAGGAUGUUUAUUUUCCAGGGACUUGUCCUUUAUUUCCGAAAUUCAGAACGUAUUUAUUACUCAUCGAGUUACUCUGUCCCCUUAAUUUCUUGAGUUGUCUGUGCUGAACAGUGGUAAAUUGAAUACCUG